AUGAAAAGCAAAUAUUUUUCGAAAGGCAAAAAAGAAAAUAAAAAAAACAACAACAACAAUAAUAAUAAUAAUAAUAAUAAUUUAGAAUACAACAAUCCUGUGUCAACUAGUUUUUAUAUUUCUACAAUAUUAAAUAAACAUGAAAAAUUAAUUAAUAAAAAAAACAAAAAUAAAAUUAAACCAUGCCAACGUAAUUAUUAUUAUGAUGAUGGAGGGACGUCGUGUAAGAAAGAAGGACAAAUGAUAAAAUUAUUAGAUGAUAUUAUAGAAAUAGAUAAUAAAAAAGAGAUAGACAAUGAAAUUAUUAAUAUAGAAAGUUAUAGUAAUGAUAAACUUAUUGUAGAUAUAGAUGUCGAUAGAACAUAUGUUAAUAGGAAUCAUUUGAAUGAUAUAUCUUGUGAUCAUAGUAUAAAUAAUAAGCAUAUUUUUAAUAAUAAAUAUGAAAAUUAUGUAAGAGAAGAAAAUCGAAAUGUCUCAUAUGAUAAGGAAAAUGAUUUAACUAUAACAAAAAAAAAAAUACAUUUAUUAAAAGAAGAAGACUUAAAUUUAAAAUAUAAACAAAUUAUAUCAGUAAAUAAAAAAUUUGAUAAUAUAAUUAAAAAAUUAAAAUUAAGUGAUAAAGAAUUAGUAAAAUAUAUAAUAUGUAAAAAGUGUUCAUAUUUUACUAUAUUAAAAAAAGGAAAAUAUGGUAGCUUCUUUGUAUGUAAAUCUUGUAAUCAAAAUGUCUCUAAAAAAUAUAUAGAUAAUUAUAUUUUUAAUGAAAAAGAAAAUACUUUUUAUAAACAUAAAAAUAAAAUAUCCUUUGAAAUCGAAAAAAAAAAUUCAUAUCGUAUACACGCCUUUGGUAAUAUUAAUUAUGCACAUUCAAUGAAUCAAAUUAUUAAUGAAAUUAUAAAAGAAAUCAUAGCAGAUAUUAUUCUCAUCAAAAAAAAUAAAAUCAAAUAUAAAAAUAUUAUUAAAUAUAUAUCUAAAAUAAAUAUGCCUUACCCAAUUAAUACAUCCAAUUAUUAUACAUAUGGAUUUCUUUAUAAAAGGAAAAACAUCAAAAAGAAUAAUAAAACCAAAAAUAUUCAACCACGUAAGGAUCAUAACAAAAUAGAUGACAUAUCUGAAGCAUAUAAAAUAUAUGAAGAACAACAAAUAAAUGAAAUAAAUAAAAUAUAUGAAGAACAAGAAGUAGAUAAAAUAAAUAGAAUAUAUAUUCAACAUCAAACAUAUAACAGAUAUUACAAAACAAUACAACCACAUAUGAUAUAUUACCAAUUCAAUUUUUCUUUCUGUAGAAAAAAUAUUUCUUUUAUAUUUAAGAAAUAUAAUUAUAUGCUACAUAAUAAAAGAUAUGAUCUUCUUUUUCUAUAUAAUAAAAAAUUUAUUAAUUUCAUAGAAUCAUUAAAAAAUCGUAAACGUAUUUAUAAAAAAUUACUAAAUAAAUAUCUCUCAACAUAUUUAAAAAAUGAUUUUUUUGACGAAAUAAAUUAUUUACCAUUAACAUGGAAACCUAGAAAAGAUUAUAUCAAGGCUGGAAUAUUUCCAUUUAAUUUAUCAAAAAAUAAUAGAAAAAUAGAAUCCUUUGGUCGCCUAUCUGUAAAUAAUAAUAAUUAUUUAUGUGGUUGUGUCUUUCCUUUAUGUACUUAUCAAUUAAUAGUACGCUAUUUUAUAUAUAAAUUAUUUCACACAUGUUUUAUUUAUCAAAUACCUAAAUUUAUAUUUUAUUUCUUCAGAUAUUAUUAUCAAAGCAAUAAUAAUAAUAACAAACAUAAAAUGUACAACUACUUUUUAAAAAAUAAAUUUAUAAACAUAUUUACAAAUAUAUAUUAUUCUAAAUAUAAGCAAAUAUUAGAUUCAAUCAAAGAGGAAAAAAAAAGUAUGUCCAUUUCAUUAUCAUCAUCAAAUAAACUUGAGAAAAAAAAAAAAAAUAAAAAAUACAUAAAAAAUUUAUAUCUUUUUGACGAACUAUCUAAUAAUACUUACAUUUUUAGUAAACAAAAAAUAGAACAAAAAAUAUUAAAUCAUUAUUAUCAUAAGAAAAUACAAAAAAUUAAAAGACAAAUGAAUCGAGAAAUUAAAAAUAUUUGUUUAUACGAAAUAAAAAAAAAACUACCUGUGCGAAUACAAAAAGUUAUUUUAACAUAUCAAUUAGAAUCUAUAUAUUUCUUUUUUAAAAAAAGAGGAAGAAUAUUAAUAGCUGAUGAAAUGGGAUUAGGAAAAACACUACAAGCAAUUUCAAUUUUUUACUUUUAUCAUUUAUAUCCAGUUUUAAUAGUUACACCAGCAUCAUUAAAAAUAAAUUGGUUUUCAGAGAUUGAAAAGUAUUUACCAUCUUUUGAUCCACAAAAUGUGUUGAUAAUAAAUAGUUCAAAUGACAUGCCAAAAUGUGUUUCUUCUUACAAAAUAAUUAUUGUCUCAUUCAAUAUCUAUAAAAAGCUAUAUAAUUUACUAAAAGAAAUUCAGUUUCAUCUAAUGAUCGUCGAUGAAAGUCAUUUCAUACGGACCGUAUAUUAUGGAAAUCAAAGUCAACUAACAAGAUUACUAAAAAAAAAAAUCAGGAAAACAAAAAAUGUUAUCUUCUUAAGUGGUACCCCAUCAAUAAAUAGACCAAUAAAUAUUUUUCAUCAAAUAAAAUAUUUAAUUAAUAAUAAAAAUAUCUUUCCAAAAAAUAAAAUUAUAUUUGGAGAAGAUUAUUGUAAAAAAUUUUUUUAUCGAGGAGAAAAAAUAUAUGAAGAAAAUUUAAGAUCUUGGGAAUUUCAUUAUUUCUUAAAUAAAAUUGUUAUGAUAAGAAGAACUAUUAAUCAAGUUUUUCAAAAUAAUUUCCCAAGUUUAAAAAGAUUCUUUGUUUAUCUCAAAAAUGAUUUAUGUGAUAUUAUAACAAAUAAAAGUCUACAAAAAAGUCCAACCAUUAAAAAUUAUUCGAUCAAUAAUUCAGAGGAUAAUAAGAAUAUUCAAAGUGUUCAUCUAAAAUGUGGAUAUAAUAUGUAUGAUAUGAAUAAAAAUAAUAUAUCAAAUAUAGAUAUCAUAUCUAAUAUAUCAGAUGAACAAUAUCAAAGUAAACAUCUAAUGGAUUCACCAAUAGAUUCACCAAUAGAAUCGCCAAUAUAUUCACCAACAGAUUCACCACAAUACUAUAACAUUAGUCCAUUAAAAAUAUCUGAAGAAUCAAUAAUAUCAAACAAUUCAACCAAAAAUAAACAAGAAAAGAAACACAAAAAUAGAGAAAUACUCAACCAAUAUUUCCAUAUAAAUAUAAAAUCUAAAAAAGAAGAAGAAGGCGUUUCUAAAAUUGUUAAUGCCUUACAAUUUAUUGAAAAAAAUUUUCCAAACAAAAAAAAAAUUAUUUUUUGUUAUCAUAUUAUGGUUUGUAAAUGUGUAGAAGAAGAGUUAUUAAAAAUAAUAAAACAAAAAAAAGAACAAGAAAAUAUAACUAUAGAUUAUGUAUCAUUAAAUGGAUGUAUUCCAGAAAAAGAUAAAAUAGAAAAAAUAUUAUAUUUAAAAAAUAACAUAAAUUGUUAUUAUGGUAUAUUUACUAUAUGUUCAGUUAGUCAUGGUUUAGAUUUCAGUUUUUGUAAUUUAUGUUUUUUUAUGGAAUUCCCAGUUAACUUUUUUCAUUUACAACAAUGUGAAAGUAGAUUAUUUAGAAAAAAUCAAAAAUAUAAUACCUAUGUAUUUUAUUUCUUAUUACAAAAAGGUUUAGGAAGUGAUCAUAAAACAUGGAACAGAUUUAUAUUAUGUUCUAAUAGUACAAGGUCUAUAAUAGAUGGUACCAAUUUUUUAAAUAAAGAUUUAAUUUAUCAAAAUAUAUCAAAUGAUAUCAUCCUUCAAUUAAUUAAUAAUGACCAAAAUGUAAAUGAAAAAAAUAUAAAAGAACAACAAUAUGUUGAGGAUAACAAAUCUAUUAAGGAACACAAAAAUGUUAAUCAUACAGACUAUCUUUACACAAAUAUUCAUACCAUUUCUAAACCCAACCUAAAUUUUAAAGAAAACAUUUUUAAAAAUAAACAAAUGAGUCAAUCAAAAAAUAUAUCUAAAUUAAAUCAACAAUUUUGUAAUGAAAAGGAUGAUAUUCAAUAUAAUUCAAUUAUCAAAAAAAAAAAAAAAUCAUUUUUCAUCACCAAUAAAUGCAAUGAUUCAAUUCAAACUGUAAAGAAUAAAAAAUAUAAUAACAAAAAAAAGGUACAUAUUAAAAAGGAACAUAUUUUAUUUCAAAUUAAUACACUCACAAAUAGAAUACAUGUUUACUAUAAAAACAAGAAAACCAAUUUCUCUAUUCAAGAUGUAGAUACUAUAACAAUAAACGAAAAUAAUCUACAAACAAAAAAAUAUUUACUAAAAAUGUGUGCAAAGAAUUUCUUAUGUAAUUAUAAUAAAUUAAAUACAAAUGAAAAAAAAUUAAUUGAACAAAAAAAAUGUGACAUUAAUAUAUCAUUACUAAACUAUUGGAAACAUACAGAUAAUAAUAGAAGUAAUAAUAAACAAAAUAAAUUAAUCUUUCAAAGAUAUAUAAAAAAUGUUCCAUUAAAAGAUAAAACAUAUGUUAAGGCUUAUAUAGAAAAUAGUUUUAAAGGAAAAUUCCAAAUGUUCUAUUAUCAAGAAUGGAAUUCAAAAGAAAACCUUUUCAAAUGUCUUCAUUGUAAAAAUAAAAUACCAUUAUCAAAAAAUAUUAUACACGAAGAAAAUCAUAUUUUUCAAUAUCUUCAUCAAAUAAAUGCUCAACAAGAUAUAAUACAACGUUUCCACAAUGAAAUCAAUAAUAUUAAAUUAAAACAAUAUAAUAAUAUUCAAAAAAUUAUUAUUUGUAAUGAAAAUAAUUUGUUCUGUGAAGGAAAGUGUCGUGAACUUUAUUUCUUAAAAAAAAGCUCUUGUAGUUUAAGAAGAUUAAUAUACGAAAGAGAUAAAGGCAUAUGUAAUAUGUGUCAACUUGAUUGUUCAAAUUUAAUCAAACAAAUCAAAAAUAAAAAAUACUUUGAAAUUAAUCAACAAAUAGAUUAUUUUAUUAAAAUGUAUCCACUAUUUAUUGAAAAUGUUGAUCAUCUAAAAAAAAUAAUUCAAAAACCAAAGGAAGGAUACAUAUGGCACGUAGACCAUAUCCUACCAGUUUUUAAAGGUGGGGGUGAAGCCUCCUUUGACAAUUUACAGACACUCUGUACAUUUUGUCAUAAAAAAAAAACGAAAAAUGAUAUAAAAGAUAAAAAAAAAAAAAAUAAUAAAAUAAAUAUAAAUAUAAAUUAA